AGGCCAUGGCCACCAACGAGGGUGACCUGCAGGCGGAGAAGGACUACCUGAAAGACAUCAAGCCGGACUGCGACUGGAUCAUCGACAACGCUCCGGAGAGGCGCGCGAAGAGGCGCGCGGAGCUCGACGGCCUGAACGCCGCCAAGGCGUAUUUGGUCGGCUACAAGGAGGACCCCUUCUCGCCGCGUCGUCCCGCGGGCUGGGCUGCUGCAGGGCGCCACGCGGGGCGCGCGGGCGGCGCACUCCGGCGGCGGCCGGCACCAGGGGGAGGCGGCCGUGGAGUUUCAGAACUUGCGCAAGAGGGAGGCGUCGCUGCAGGCCAUAUUCAAGAAGGAGGAGCAGAGGUUCGAGUCUCGCCAGCCCCACUACAAGGCGGGGGCGGCAGGCGCCGCGGGGCGCCCGCGGAGCGGCCACGGCGUGGUCC